CGAGAUCGAAGACAAGAGGCGACCUCCCCUUCUUGAUGAGAGUAGAGCAGGGGAAAUAAAUGAAGGGAAAGGGGAGAGCUUCGAAGGGGGUCUGUCUCUUCCGUUCAGCAUUAGCGCCCACAGUGAAUGCUGAGCUUUAUGAAGCUUCUUCUUCUCCAGGCUCUGCCGACUCGUGAAGAGCCUGGAGAAGAAGAAGCUGCAACUUCACCUCGUCGAGCCUGAAGAAGAAGUAGCUAAAGAUGAAAAUAGGGCCUUCCUCGGCCCGGUCUCUGAUGUCGUGGAAGCAGAAGGAGAACUACAUGAUCAUCGACGACAUUCCUGGAAGAUGAAUCUGCAGCAGCAAGGAGAAGCAAUGCGAAAGAGCUGGAAAACGGAGCAAGGGUAGUUAAUCCCGAGGGCUAUGCUGCUCUCCGAAGUGAGAAGCAGAUCCACAAAGCCCAACAGGAUCAUGAUUAGCGAUUGCAGCCGAACGAACCAGAACAGUCGAACGAAUCAGAUGAACGUCGCAAACGAAAACUCUUCCUUAUUGGCAACUGCUUCUCAGGGCGCAGCAAAGAAAGACCAAGAGGAAGAGGGCUCCAGUACUUCGGGGGAGGUGAACGAGUUGAUUGUAAGUUGCGGAUGGGAGGCGGUGAAAGGGAUCCGUGAUCCAUGGGGCCUGCGUCGGGUUUCGGCACCUCUUGCCAGGCAAUUUGAAGGUAUCCUUGUUUUCAACAACAGAGAGGUCGGACUCAAGUGGACAGAUUGAGUUCACAAAUGCUAUUAAAAUAUUAACCGAUGUUAAAUCAUAGAAGGCGUGAUCAUAGAAGGUGCUAUUAGAAAAACUGUUAUCAACAUUUAGAACUAGAAGGUGCUAUCAUAGAAGGUGCGAUCAUGGAGAUCAUGGAAGGUGCUAUUUAAAUGAUUAUUAUUGACUAGAGCUAGACUGGAAGAUAAUUAAGCCUGAGGUGCGUGGUGCAAAUAGAGAAGAAGAUCAUAGACCUCAGUUUGUUCAUCAACAGAGAAAACAUCAUAG